GAUGCGCAUCAUUCAGCAACAGAUGCAUUUCAAAAGCGCACUGUCAGGUUUAAUAUAUCAUCCGUCAGUCGCUGCAAAUAUUCCUUUCUCCUUAGUCACAUUUUCACAGACGGUGCCUCUUUCCGUGUGCUUACACUUUAUAUUUAAAAUUUCUGACGAAACAUAGAGCUGGCCGGCGCAAGCGAUUUGUAAGCAAUAUGAAAGGAGCAGAACUGCAGCGCCAAACAAACGUCGCUUUAAAUGAGCCCAGACGAGCAGAGCUGAGAUUCACGAAGGGAAGGAAUGAAGUUUAGUACGCUGACAUUAAACGACAGAAUUAACAAGAAGAUCCCUUAGCAACACGAACUAAACCGUUUUUGCUGGAUGCUGAGACUCAAGUAUUCAGUCGAGCCGAUGGUUCAACUUUGAGGAGGCUCUGCAGUGGACAUCGCUCGCGAGAAAUGAUGAAGGCGAGAGGAAGGAGUGCAGACUCAAGGAGGCUGUGAGGUGAUGCUGUAACAACAGCAUUCAGCGGAGUCAGCACGUUGUGUUACAUCUAUGGACUGCGGUGGUGGGUGUGAGCGAUCUGAGGAGCGUGGGGCCAGUAUGCGUUGAAGAACGGCGGUGUAUGGCAGUGGUUUUAAAGGGCAGAUCUCGAUCAGAGAAACCUACCAUGUAGUAACUCUAUUGGAUUUUACCCAAAGGGAGGCUGUUGAAAACCCAUGUGGUUUAGACAUUUCCUUCCCGGAUGUGGAUACAAAGCUUAUUUCAUGUGUCCAGCACAACAUAUCAACGGUGAUAGAUUUAUCCUCCAUUUCUUUACAGAUUUUUUUAGAAGAUUUGUUCUCUUCCAGCCCCCUCCCCAUUUUUUGCACCUGCUUUGCGUUGUCAAAGCUUACCGAGCGCUUUAGAGCGCGCUGCUCUUACUUGCAUCUCCGUACAUCGUGCAUGGAUUCUACAUGAACUGGGGGUUUUGUGAGGGCUGCAGUGAUGUUCCCGUUUACUGAUAUCGCCUCACAGCUCGCAUUUCCUGACAGAAAUGGACUGCCAAUACAUUUUUGGGAAGAGAAAAUCAGCAGGCAUUAAAUUAUGAAUGUUGAACAAGAUGACCUCUUACCAUCCACGCCAGAUGUUGAGAGGUCCUAGAUGGAAAGGGGCUUGGUUUGACCCCCUGUUUCUCCUGCUUUUAGCCCUGCAGUUGCUUGUAGUUGCUGGAUUGGUACGAGCCCAAACCUGUCCUUCCGUAUGUUCCUGCAGUAACCAAUUUAGUAAGGUCAUCUGCACACGCAGAGGGCUAAAGGAUGUCCCUGAUGGCAUCUCCACCAAUACACGGUAUCUAAACCUUCAGGACAAUCAGAUCCAAGUCAUCAAAGUAGACAGUUUCAAGCAUCUACGACACCUUGAGAUUCUUCAGCUUAGCAGAAACCACAUCCGCAACAUUGAAAUUGGCGCCUUCAAUGGGCUGACCAGCCUUAACACUCUGGAGCUUUUUGACAAUCGCCUCACGACCAUCCCAAAUGGCGCCUUUGAGUAUCUAUCAAAACUGAAAGAGCUGUGGCUUAGGAAUAACCCUAUUGAGAGCAUACCGUCUGAUGCCUUCAGUCGCUUGCCCUCCCUGCGGCGGUUGGACUUGGGAGAGCUAAAGCGUCUCUCCUACAUUUCGAGUGGAGCAUUUCAGGGCUUAAGUAACCUUCGGUACCUGAAUCUGGGCAUGUGUAACCUCAAAGAGGUCCCCAAUAUUCAGCCCUUGAUUCGCUUGGAUGAGCUCGAGAUGUCCGGAAACCAGCUCACCGUCAUUCAGCCCAGUUCUUUUAAGGGUCUCGUUCAUCUUCAGAAGCUGUGGAUGAUGCACGCCCAAGUCCAAACCAUAGAGCGGAACUCCUUUGAUGACCUGCACUCUUUACGAGAGCUCAACCUGGCUCACAAUAACCUUACCUUUUUGCCCCAUGAUCUCUUCACGCCUUUGCACCACCUGCAGCGAGUGCAUUUGCAUCACAAUCCCUGGAAUUGCAACUGUGAUGUUCUUUGGCUGAGCUGGUGGCUGAGAGAGACCGUACCUACGAACACCAGCUGCUGCGCCCGCUGCAAUUCCCCUCUCAGCCUCAAGGGGCGCUACAUCGGCGAGCUAGACCAGAGCUACUUUCAGUGCUACGCGCCCGUUAUUGCUGAGCCACCUGCCGACCUCAAUUUGACUGAAGGAAUGACGGCAAAGCUGAAAUGUCGGACGAAUUCGGUGACCUCAGUCAGCUGGCUAACUCCAAAUGGCUCCAUCAUAACACAUGGGGCUCUCAAGAUGCGCAUCUCUGUCCAAAACGACGGAACAUUAUACUUCACCAAUGUCACCAUACAGGACACAGGAACCUACACUUGCAUGGUAAGCAACACUCUAGGCAACAUUUCAGCCUCUGCUGUCCUCAACGUGACAUCGGUUGACAACACUGGCUUUAGUUACUUCACUACGGUCACCGUAGAGACAGUUGAAACCUCUAUCGAUGGGGAGAGUAGGACACUGGGGCAGCCUUCUUUUGGCUGGGCCUCCUCUUCAACCACAAGGGGAACACCUAUUGCCACAGAGAGAGCGUACACCAUUCCUGUGACUGACAUAGACAUUGAUGGGGCUCUCAAUGGUUUGGAGGAGGUGAUGAAAACCACCAAGAUCAUCAUUGGCUGCUUUGUGGCCAUCACGCUCAUGGCUGCCGUCAUGCUCAUCAUUUUCUACAAGAUGCGCAAGCAGCACCACCAGCAGGAUCAUGAUGGGCCGACCCGCUCCAUCGAGAUCAUCAGUGUACACGAGGAGCUGACGAGGGUUCCGGCCAUGGAGAGUCACCUGACUCUUCCGCCCUUGGAGCAUGAGCAUUUUGACUCCUAUACCUCCUAUACCUCCUACAAAACUGCUUAUAACCAUAUGUCGGCUCUCAACUCGCUGCAUAGUUCAGUGCAUGAACCUUUACUAAUCCAAGCCAGCUCAAAGGAUAACGUGCAGGAGACGCAAAUUUGACAAUGUUGGACGAAUUGAACUCUGCUAAUGCUGUUUAAAUUUUGGUUGGGACAUGCUGUCAUAAUGAAGAUGACAGUGUGCUUUAAGACCUUCAGCAAUGUCAGUGAGAGCCAGGGUGUAUGUAUAAUUAUUUUAACAAGUGUCUUUACAAAUCUUAUUUAUUUAAAGAUAUGUGAAGUGACUGAAUCAUAAAAUCACAAGACAAAAAAAAAGUUAAUAUCUUCUUUUUUCUUUUUCAUUUCUACAUUUUUAAACUAGGUAAACUGGGGGAAUGAAUGGCAGACUUUAUAUCGCAUGGAGCACUUAGAUAUGAAUGGUGGGCCUGAUGGACGCAGUGACUCUAGAGAGGUGUAUAAACGGUUACAUUUCCCUAUGAAAAAUCCUGUUACUAAACAAAAAAAGGGAAAGCUUUCAUUGUAAGGGACUGGAUUCUUCUGCAAAUGCACCUUGUGGGAUAGGAAAUAUUUCUAGUAUUUAUAGAAGCCAGUUUUCUGAACACACAUCGAUUAACUUCAAUUCAGAAAAUAGGUUUGCAUAAUUGCCUUGAAUCGCAGUCCUCAAGUCAAGGUAGUAUCUAAAAUGUGGUUUUGGAAAUUCAGCAUUUUUUCACAAAAUCUAUUUUCCACUAAAUCAACUGUAAAUGUCAACAACCUAUGAAUCUAAAAAUGAAUUCUAUACAUCAGUGAACAUCAGGCUAGUACAAUUAUAGCCCCUAUAGUGGCUGAGGAAAAGGGAAUAUGAUUUCUAAGAUCUUUUGCUGUGCGAGUUUCAGACAAAAUUGGCUAUGAGGAAAUAAAUAAUGAAAUAAAAAAAUAACCAGCUAAUGUCACUAUGGAAACCAAUGACCUACUGAAAAAAAAACAAAAAAAAACACACUGGACAAAAUCAGAGUGCAGCCCAGUGCUUUUGUAUGUUUGUGUUGUAUCGGCCAUGUGAGUAAUUAUUUUUACCGUUGUCUAUAGAAUUUUACAUUCAUUCUGUCAUGUAUUUUAAAAUCACUUUUUUUUCUGGAAUGGUUUAUUUGACUGGCAACUGCAUACCUCACCUAACAUGAUGAUGAUGAGUGUGUGAAUUUGUGCGUCCAUAUGUGCAAAGGGUUGCGUGUUUGUAUGCUCUGCCAUGAAACUCUGUUUUUCAUCAGCUUGUGUAUUGCUUUCUCAAAAUGUUUGUCGGCAUAAAAGCUGAUGUGUGAUGUCUCUCUCCCCCCUUUUUGAUCAUUUUGGACAGCAUGAUAAGAAGAUGUGAUACUGGUCUCCCCAGUUAACUGCUGAAGUAAACCUAAUAGGUUCAUAUGUCAAAGGCAUCAGAACGGUUCAUAAAGUAUAUAUCUCUAAUUCAUCACAUGUGCUGACAAGUUUCAUUUUAAAUAGAUGUGUUUGCCAGCAGGGAAUUCAUCACACAACAUUGUGUAUGUAAGGUUUUAAUCUUACAUUUUAGCAUUGAAUUAACAGAAUUGUCUACUGAAUGUGACAAAUUUUGAUAAGACAUAUUUCAUCUGACAUGAUUAAUUUUAUAUUUAAUUUGAUGUUUCAUUUUACUUUCACCCUUAUUGCCAAUCAUACAUGGAAGAUGAAUUAUAACCACAUGUCAAGCAUUUCAUAAAGGAUAAACAUUAGCUUCCCAUCAUUUUUAUUAUUAUUAUUAUUAAUAAUUAAUUUUUGUAUCCAUUUCAAACCAAAAAUGUUCCUACCAUUUUUAUUUUUAUUUUACAUAAUAGGUGGGAUAAAUUGGGACACUAGAAAAAAAAAAAAAAAAAAAAAAAAAAAAAAAAAAAAAAACAGCAUUGUGCUGUUGAAAAAAAAUAUGACAAUGUCUCUGUUUUCAGAGGGUCUCUAUAUGAAUGCUAGCUUGCUGCUAUCUGCUUCAGUGUUCCUGAGCACUGCAUCAGUUACAGAAGCUACUAUGACUAGAUUGAUACCUACAUGGCCUACAUAGAAAAUCUGUGGUGUUGGACUAAGCGGAUUCCCUUUUGUUUUCUUCUGGUGAUUUGUUUGUUAUUGGUAACUCAUUUUAGAUUUCUAUGCUGAACUGAAGUGAUUUUUUGGCAAGAGAAUGUCUCUUUACUGACAUGUUUCUACAAGAACUGUUAUUGAAAAAUAGUCAAUAAUAUUUCUGUCAAACUACACAUUUGCUGAUCAAUAUGAGGAUACAGCUAACUAAGCGUUAACCAUGAAAGAAUAUAUAAAAUACCCAAGAUUGUAGUUCAUACAGUACCUGCUGUAAAAUGUAAAUAAAAUGUUUGGGUUUUUUUUCUAAA